UUCAGCGUAUGCAGGCCGUAUGCUUUGCAUUUUUAUCAAACCUCGAAUUUUCCAUAGCAAUUAGUUUUAAAUAAUGUCCAGUGAGUUGGCAAACUUAGUUGAUGACGACGCUAAGCUAAGCUCUCACGGUGACAAACGCAAAGAGAGCAAAAUCUCCAAUGGUAAAAUACAGGUGAGUUGACUUUGGUCACCCAAAGCCAUUUUGAAGGGACCGAUUUUCACCUGUGUGAUGUCGUGAAGUUAGGCACAUUUUCUUGGAUGUUAUCCUACAUUUUCUACUAUUUCCUCAGCAUUGUGACAUUUCAGAAACGUUUUUGUGCUAUCCGCUAUUACGUACAUUCUUUGAGCCUGACUUGGCUUGAUUUUCAACAUAUCUGUGGCAAUUGCCAAUGAAGGGGAAGGAGUUUCUGGAAUUUGAAUAUAAUUCGGGCACCUGUAGAGUUUUCAAGUGACAAUUGUCAAACUUUUCAUGUGCUUUACACUACGACUAAAAUGUUGAUGCCCGCUUAUUCUAUGACCAAUUUUUCGGUAGUUACCAAAAUCUUGAGUCCAUAAUUUAAAAAAAACUAAGGAAUUAGCUCUGGCCUUCUGUUUUAGUUCCACAAAUUUUAUUUAUAAUUAUAUGCACUGCAAAUGGAAACAGAGUAUUUUAACCAAUGAAGCAAAACUGAAAACAAUAAAUAAUAAUUCUACCUCUUAAUUAAGCUAACUAGUGUGACUGCAUGCAUGACUUUAUGUUCUUUGCAUUACGUUGAAUAUUAGGUUUAGUAUGCCACAGCAGUCUAAUGAAUCAAGCCUUUAAUCUAUGAUGUAUUCAAACUCGUACAUUUUUGGCUUCUGUAAACACAUAGACAAUGAAACGUCUGAUAUUAUCUCCAGAGUGUACAGAUCGUAAAUGCAUAUGUUGUUUUUAUGUGGAUAGUGGUGAAUGCACAAAUUGUAAAGUCCUAGUCUUAAAUAGACACAGCCUUAGACAGCCCCAAUUUUGGGAAAAAUGUAUAUAUUAAACUAGAAAUGACAGAAGGUCAGUGAGUACUGGUGAUAUAGAUGGGAGGGAUCCGAGGUUAAGUUUAUAUGGGUAGUUUAGGAAUGGAAAGAAAAUGCUGUUGAAAAAGACUACUUGAAAACCCACAUGAUAAAGUCAUGUAAAGUAAGAUACCCUGUGCAAUUCAAUCAGUCAAAUGCUUUUCCCUAUAUCCCAUUAAGGCACAGCCAUCAUCAUCAUCAUCAUCAUCAUUGCUUUUUCCGAACCCAGUGAUGCACGAGGCACAAACAAAAGCUUCUCCACAACAGUUGAAUUUCUUGCAUGCAUUAAUUUUUUGUAACCAACAUGGUUUCGUGAUGACAGGUCAUUUGCCCCUCCUAAAACAUAAGCAUCAGAUUCUCUUUUCAAAAAAUCCUGCCUGUGGCACUGAGGCUUUGGUAGCUCAUACUGUAAUUUCUGUAGAUUUAAAUAUAGUAGGCAGAUGGAUGCCAUGCAGCAAAACAAAAUUCAAUGUAAAAAUCAUUUUAUUAAUUGUAUUCCCAGGUAAAAGAUUUACAAAACUGCAAAGAAAAACAACCCCAACUGGAGCAAAGAGAAAAAGAAACUGAAGCACCUUUCACAAUGAAUAUAGAAUUGAAUUUUUUCUGGUUGAUUUUGGUUGGCCUUUCAUUUGGUACAAGACUGUGGCAACUGACUUCUCCUAAACAUGUUAUGUAAGUAUAAUAUUAUAGUUAAUGGUACAUGUUUAUUAUUUUAUUUAAAUACUGGGGAUCCCCACUACUUUACUGUUAUUUUAAAGCCUGGUCAUCACCUAGGGAGACAAAUAUGAGCAUAUAAGCAUAGCAUGGUCCUCAAUAGCGACACAAGUGUAAGCAUAAGCAUAGCAUGGUCCUCACUAGCCAUGCAAGCAUGAGCAUAAGCGAAAGAAGCUUCUGCAUCAGUGAGGAUAGCCUUGACAUAUAAGCAUAGGCAUAAACACAAGAAUAUGAAAACCAUGUGUUCUUCUUAUGCUUAUGUUUAGGCCAUCCUCUCUGGCAUAUAAACUUUUUGUGGGUGAAAAGAGGAGCCCGCAAUCCUAAUCUCCAGGUUGUUAUUACGCAUGCGUCACAUGUAUGUAGCCAACAUUGGUUGGGACUUCCACUAAGAAUGAAUGGAAUGCACAUAACGCAAUGUGAUCACGUGCGUUUGGACCUUUUAUCACUUGUAAUCUGAUCAUGCAUGUUUUGACCAUCUGUCACGUGAAACUUACGCAAAGCAAAGCGUUGGAGCCGUUCGAUUGUUGUCACCCACACUCCGUAACCUUUGGUUAUACUUACUAGGUAUGUUCAUAAAUUUUAUGUUCAUGCUUGUGUUAUGCUUAUACCUAUGUUUGCAAUGCUAGUGAGGACCAGGAUUUAGACAAGUAAAAAGUCAAAUCCCAAGCUCCUUGAUUCAAUUUUCCAUUCAAACCACUUCCUGGAUUUGUUUCUUGGUACCCCGUUUUAUGGACACCCACUUAACCCUUUAAGUCCCAAUAUCAACAUACAAAUUCUCCAAACUGAUCUCCAUACAUUUCCUUUAAGAAUUAGUUGAGAGAAUUUAAUGUAAGAUCAAGGCCUUUUCUCUUGGGUGAUCAUUUUAUUAAAACUCAUGACUUAUCUCUUGACAGUGUGUAGAUAUUGUUAGGAGAAAAUUGAUCUUGGUCACUAUUGGGACUUAAAAGGGUUUAUACCGACACCUCAUCAUUAUGGACAGUUUGCUUUGUCCCUAAGGAAAGAAAGCCCUCGCAUUUUCUCUAAAUUCAACCCUCUUAACACUACACCCUGUUAAUGCGGACACUUUCCUUGGCCCCCUUCAACGUCCGUACAGUGGAAACUCAAUAUAACGAGGGGCCAAGGGACUGACGUAUGUUUGCUAUAAAGGGGUUUUGUUCUAUCGAGGUUCUUUUCAAUAUAUUUUACUAUUACUAGGGCUGGGCAUAUUAUCGUUCAUUAUACAGAGGACUUUGUUAUGUAGCAGCUUGUUAAAUCAAGGUUGUACUGUAUUAACAGGGUUUAACUGUAUUUCAACUCCUUCAAUACUUCCUGUUGCAAAUGGCCUGAUUUGUCCCUUGCCUCUUCAGUUUUUAACCAAGCUAUGUUUCAUUGAUUUGUGACUGUUUGAGUAGAGUACCUAGAUAGGGCUAGUAUGAUAUUGAGGAUAAAUUAUAUAUUUUUUUAAUGGUUUGACAUUCAGAUUAAGGUUACUGGAUACCUUCGGGGGCGUCCAUUGUGUGAGUAGUGUAGCACGUUCCAGUUAAACUCAAGGCUGCAGAUUCCUAAAACCCUAUAUCAAAUCAAAGCUUUUUAAACUGGCUUUCUUAACAAUUAAAACCAACAGCUUUUUGAAAAAAAUAUUAUGCACUGUUGAUUUUUUUAGGAUUUUGAACAUCAGAUUUAGCUUUCAAAAGCUAAAACCCAGAUUUGUUUUUUGGGAAGUCAAAGCCCCCCCCCCCCCCCCCCAAAAAAAAAAGUUAACUCCCUUGGAGUUAUUGCUUCUAAAGUGUCCCCUCUGUGCAGAAAAUAUAAGAUGAGAAAAAGGCAAUUGAAAAAUCCCUCGCUUUGUAAACAAACUCUGCCCUAAAAUACUUCUCAGGAAACCUGGCCAAUGAGGGCUUGGAUAAGAUAACAUCUGCUCAAUUUUAGCACACUGUUCUCAUAUAGCUUUUGAGCCACGUUUGUGUUGUGAUCAAUAGUGAGAUCAACAUUUUUUUAUGGCUGUGGAAAUGAAAGACCACAAAUCCAGCCAGUGCUUGGUCGAAAACCAAACAAGCCGAUAGAAAGAAAAGAAGAAAAGACAGUUUGGUCACUCCCACGGAGCUGACUAUCAACAUAGAGAGAGGAUAAUAUAAUUUUAACAGCGAUGCAACUCAUUGGGUAACCAGUAGCUUUCUUUUGUUUCAGGUCUAGUUUAGCUUACAUUUUUCUCUUACUACAUUGGCAAAUAACCAAGACCUAAUUUAUGAUUUUUAUGUACUGUCACCACUAGGCUGACUCUGACUACUCUGACUAAGUAAACGUGAAAUGCGCCACUCAGCCUAGAUGAGUGGUUCAUAACGUCCUUUUUCAUUUGUUGUUAUUUCUCAAAUGCCUAUCAAAUUUCUGGAAAAAAAAAGUUAUUUCUAUCCAUUGCUUCUUAAAUAUUCUUCUGUCAUGCUGUUGUUCAUUGAGAUUCCCUCUUGCCCUUCACUUUGUGCCCUUUUUUGAAAAAAAAAAUACUGCAUCGAGUCGUUAACUAAAAGAAAAACAUUCCCGAUUAUUCAUCCACCUCUCAUGGAAACUCCCGCGAAAAACACCAUAGGGCUGUCAAUCAAAAGAGUAACUUUUACUUCUGGUUCAAACAAAAAAACCGUAAUUUCUCCACCAAUAUUUACUCUUCUCCAUUUUUUCUUUCUUUCUCAUAAAGAUCACACUAAAACCCUUACUAUGAGCCAACAAUAAAAAUUUUAACAAAAUUUUUCAUCUGAAGGUGUCUGCUAACUUUACGUAAGUAAGUAACCCUAUUUAAGCAGCUGUCUACAAAAUUGAUUUCUCUUUUUGAUCUUAACUUCACAGAUUUGAUGAAGUACAUUUUGGCCAGUUCACAAAUUUUUUCAUGAGGAAUCAGUUCUUCUUUGAUGUUAAUCCACCACUAGGAAAGCUCAUAUUUGCAUUAACAGGUAAAGACUUGGUUGUCACUAACUGCUGAAAGAAGGAAUGAAGUAUAGAUUGAAGUAAGAAAAUACUCUUGUACUGUGAACUGUAAUGUUCAAGUUCUGUGGACUGGGCAUUUAUCGCAGCUGCUAGGAGCAUGACCCUCAGCUUCUUUUGUAGGAACAAAAGGAGAAGAAUUAGAAUCAAAAGAAAUUCCUUGCUGUUCAAUUGGAUCAAUCAAGGUUUUUGGGAAACUGCCCACCUACCCCUCCCCUAAGCUAUCAUUUUGCCCUAAGUAAGAAGUAAGUGUUAAUGUUAGCUUAGGGCAGGGGUAGGUGGGUCGUUUCCCAGAAAUCUAAACUGUUUCCCACCUACUGGUAAUUGUAUAUGUUACAGGUCAAAUUUGAUUUCAAGUUAAUUAAACCUAGGACGAUUUUCAAUUGCCUUUGACCCAUAGCCCUAGGAGACAAAGGAGAUAGAGAAUCAACCUAGUAGGUUAAAUGAUUUUAACCUGAAAUCAAAUUUGACCUGUAACAUACAGGUCAAAUUUGGUAGACUGUUGGUAAACUGUCCGCUGACAGUUUACCGACAGUCAGCUGGCAUAAUUUUAGGGAGCUCUUCUUCACUUUUACCAUAUCAUUGGUCCCUCUUUAUUGGAAUGCUGCCCUUAGCCUUGACAUGUAAAGUAAAUCCCUGAUCCUACAAGCAGGUUUUAGCCAGAAAAUUUUAAUAAUAAUUAUUAAAAUUUUCUGGCCUUGUAAGUUAUUUAUAAGAAUCUGAGGCCUCAACUCUCAAAAGAUCAGUUCUAAAACCAAGCUAGUGAAAAAUAAAUGUGAAAAUGAAAUAAUCAGCAUGUCACGAGCGUGAGACAAAGAAAAAAUCUGAGUCCCCGACAGGAUUUGAACCUAUGACCUCCCAAACACCGGGCAGGUGCUCUAUCCACUUGAGCUGCGGAGAACUCAUGGAGUGCGAGGCCAUAAUACUAGGUUCAUAUUUGAGAUGUGUCCUGCAUACUGCUCGGAUUAGCAAUGUUAAAAAAAAAAUUCUUUUGUUAUGGCACAAUAGGCCACUGGCACUGAGAGGUCACGUGACCAAUUCUUGCUUUAAACAAUGAGUUGGAAUCUUGCUGAUGCCAAAAAUUGACGGAGCACAUAAAAAUUGUCUUACACUCCAAAUUUGAGAGCAAACGCAUUACUUUUUGCUUGUAUCUUAUUAAACAUUAGAUAGUUAUGCUCAGAUGUGCUGAAAAUGUUACCACAUUAUCUUUUCAACAAUUUCCCUAAAGUUUAAGUAAAAAAUUCUGUUCAGAAAGAGGUAAUGUGUAGUUCCUGAAAAUGUCCACACUCCCCCCACAGAAUGGAUUGGAAAUUCCUGGGGGUUGGGGGGUUCUCAAAGGCCCAAAAAUGUGAGUAAAUGUAUGAAGCUUGACUGGAAUUUCCAGAGAGGUGGGGGGUCUAAGGAAAAAUCCCUUCCGUAGGGGAGGUAUGGAUAAUUUUUGGAACCACACAAUCCAUAGUGUUUUAAAUAUCACAUUCUGGUCACGUGACCAGCUACGAACAUACUCAUUAUUUUUAAGAAAAUGGUGCGGAUUUGAAAAACUAAAUCACUAUUAUUUUGUUUAAGAUAUGACCCACUAAUCGUUUUUUGAAGGCAAAAUCAUAUAACUUUCAAUUUCAUAAAAAUGAUGUCACAUGACCUCUUAGUGCAUGACCUACACACUUCCCUUACAUAGGAAUGUUUUCUCUUUCACACAGAGAAUGCAUAAACCUACAAAAAGGCAGUUCAUGAAAUAUAAUGUAUUUAAACUCCACUUUUAAAAGGUUUUUCUUUUGAGUUGCAAAUAAUAGCCAAGAAAAAUUUACAAUUUUACAUGUUCCUCACGUAGGAUUUCUGUGUUACUUAGACUCAGACAAGAUAUUGUUAUGAGGAAGUUGGUUAGAAAAAGGGGGAGUAAUAUACAGUCAUGCUGCUUUGCAAAGAUUUUGAAAGUUUGAUGUUUAAACCAAUCAGAAGUGUGGUAGAGACAAUAGUAAAGUUAGCACCUCUUUGUAUUCUGGCAUGUUCUUUGCACUUGGUUCUUUCCUUCUUAUCUGUAUUUUGGGCAUUUUUGUUUGAUCAUCCAACUUUUUUAGCACUGAAUUUCCAAUUUGUUCUGUAACUUUUGAUCACAAUCAAAAAUGGGAAAACCCUGACACAAUAUCUUUUUUUUAGGGCUUUGACUUCCAAAAGACUAGAACAAAUCAAAUUAGUGAAAAAAAACAUUGCUGUGAGUUUUAGCUUUCGAAAGCUAAUUCUGGCAUUCACAAUAAAGAAUCCUGAUAGAAUCGACGUUGUAUAAAAAACUGUUGGUUUAUGAAGAAGGCUAGUUUAAGAAGCUUAAUUUGAUAUAGGGUUUAACGUAUCUGCAGUAUGAUAGACCACUUUUGAUAUAUUAAAAUUCAUACGUGGCUCUGCAUCUUCAGGAAAUGAAACAAAAAUGUAUUAUCCAUCUCUGAGCCUCAGGAUGAUUUCUCGUCUUUUAUUCCCCCAAGCCUUGCAGUCAUGAAUGAAUUUUAAUAUAUCAAAAUUGGUCUAUUGGAACACACUACAUUACUUGCACAUGAGACACCCCCAAAGGCUUCCAGUAACCUUAAACAGAUACCAGUAAUGUCUGCCUCCCCAUGAAGUUAAUAAUUUUUAUAAUCAUUGUUAAAUAAAUGUUUGAUAAGUAAUGAGUUCCAUUUUUGCACAGCAUAUUUUACUGGAUAUGAUGGGCAGUUUACAUUUGCUGAUAUCGGUCAAGGUAUUGUAUAAUCAACAGUGAAUUUUUCCAGUUUUUGUUUUUAUAACCUUAACAUUAAUUACCUGAAACUCUUUCUGUCAUGCAAUUUGACUGAACUUUUAAUUAUCAUCACAGAGCUUGGUGACUAUGAAUUCCAUGUGUGGUAUUUACGGUUUGUCUCCGCCCUCCUUGGUAGUCUUGUUGUACCAAUGGUAUACGAGGUGGGUGGAAAAAUGUUGUAGAAUUAUGUUUUGGUUCAAUAUCAAUACUCUGCCAGAGCUACAGAGAGUUUUUGUUAAACACCUAGGCCUCUGGAAAUUCUACUUUAACUUCAGUAUAAAAAAUUUUUGGUCUUUAAGACCCCCUCAUUUCAACCAAAAGCCAUCAUUUCACCUCAAAAAUGUUUAUCAACUCUCUAGCUUUUGAAUACAAGCAAUCUUUUAUGCAACUUCAAGGCUUUGCUCUAAGGAAAAUUGAAGAGAGCCCAGUGCCCUGAACCUGUGAAAGUUAGGGUGCUCUGCAUAGGAUUUCUAUGAAAAAACUAAGAUUUCCUUCUCAUGGAAGAGCAAAGAUAAGGUGCCACAGGGACACGGGACGUUUAUUACAGUGCUUGAAGACCAUGCCGUAUGAUAAUUUGAUAUAUUAAGUCUUCAUAUUUUUUGUUAUCAAUGAAGAAUAUUGCCCUCUUUUUAUCCCUCUUUACUUUGAUUGUUUCCAAUCUGAUGCAGAUAAUUAAAGAGCUUGGAUGUUCUCAUUGGGCUGCUGCCCUUGGCGCCUUCUUAGCAACAUUUGGUAAGAACUCAGGUUAAAUAAUCCAUUGCCACAAAUGAUCUCUUUCACUUAGCAACAGUAAGCAUCCAAGGAUUUUGGGCUCCCCACUCUAGCACAAAACUAACCUUACUUUUUUCCAAGAGCCACAUGGCUCCUUAAUAAUAGAUUAUCUUAAAGUGGUAGCUCUUUCCAAAAAGUUAGUUGCCAGAGACUUUUUAAAGACAAAUUAAAAAUGGUUUUAGGCUUUUAUUUUAAUAGCCGGACCUUUCAGUGCAGAUAGUGCAUACAAUAAUCAUUUAUUGUUUCUCAAAAUAUAUUUGUUAGCAACGCAAGUUGAGAUUUCAAAAAAUCCUUGUGAAAGGUAACUGCUUCAAAAGAAAGAUGCGUGGAGAAUAUGCAAUUUUCAGAAACAAACUGCCAUGCUAUUCACCUGUUAAAAAAUUCACAGUGUCUUCACGCAAGAUGUGGUGAAGAAUUCAGUCACCAACUUGGCAACUAUUUUUAAUUAUUUGGUCACUCACACAGAAAGUUUAGACACAUUUGGUAACUGUACACUAACUUGAAUGCAUGUCUUUUUUAACAGCAUUUUUAUUCUUGUAAUGCUACAAUAUUAUUAAAUUUCUCUGCAGAUAACAUGCUUGUGGUGCAUAGCAGACUUAUUAUGUUGGAUGGUCCUCUAGUGUUUUUUUGUACUGCAUCAUUUCUUUGUUACCUUAAGUUCCACAAAGAAUUCAGUAGGUGAGAAUGUGAAUUGUACACAUUUUAAACUUAUAAAUGUUAUAAAGAUUUACUGCUGUUUAGUAGCUGGUAAUUGGGUAUUUUGGUCUGCAACUGUUCGUAGUGAAAAAAAAUGUUUUAAGACUGUGGUUGGUAAAUGACCAACAAACAACACCUCAAGAUAAAGUCAGUUUACUGAGAAUUUUUAAGGACAAAAGAGGUGGGUAACCCUCAGAAGCUUCAAAAGACUCAUUGUUUGGCAUUUUUCUAUGCUUUUACUUCAUCAGUGGUUUAAUAUACUACUACUGUCUGGUAGUUAUAGCAUUCAGGUUUGCUAAAGCUACAGUCUCAGUCAAAAUAGUUGGGACACUUUGGGGUCUCCUUGUCCCCUCAAUGUUGGUGUACAAGAUUUGGUCACCAAACCGCGAUAAACAACUUUGAGAGGGACGAGGGGGAAACGAGAAGGGAAAAAACAGCGUUUGGUUAAAGUGUCCCAACUAUUUUUGUCUGAGACUGUGUCAGGGAGGAAUUUGAAGGCGUGUUGACAGAUACAGAGGUUAAUCUGUAGGUCGGUCACAAGCGACGGGCUUUUGGUUUGUUUAUCCAUUGUGUUUCGCGAACGUUUCUAUAGCAGUGAACUAAGUUAUUUGGGCAUAACAACAUAAAAGUAGAGUAUUGUAAAAAUAAAAGGAACUGAGUGUGCACUAAACCAUACACAAAUAGCUUUCUAGUGGCCGAUUGAUAGCGUGACAAUAUAGCACGUGCAUACUAUCUACGUAAGAUUCAGGGUUUUCAUAUACAGAGAGGCGCUCGAAUGUGCCACAUUUCUAAAAAAAAUGUGUGGAGAAUAAUAGAGAAGGCCUCUUUGCCAAGAAAGAGUGUAGGAACAAGGCUCAAAGGGACGCAUUUCUAACUUAAGGGCAAGAGGCGAAAGACAGCUGAAAGAGCGAUUAAGCGAUUUCGAGAGAAAGGGGGAAACUUUCCCUGAGUUUGGAGGAAAAUGCAACAAGCCAGGAUUAUUCCCAAGACCUAUCAGCGAGAACAGUAUCCCGCUUUCUAAAUUUCUAAGGAUACUAUUGACUACAAGCGCGUAAAAAGGGUGUCCAACAAUAGUGUAAUAACUGUUUGGUCCGACGCCAAAAAGUUUCUUAAUGAUAUUCCAGGCUACUGCUGUGAAAUCGACAACUUUUUAUAAGUUGUUUACAACAUAUGUUAAUUUGGCCUUGCGCCAAAUGGUGACAUCGGUUCUCAUUCUUUACCCCAAAUAUACACCUUCCUGAAUAACUCUAAAACAAACUACUGUGCCAUAAAUGUGGAACUUGAGGUACAAAACAUGAAUCAUAUAAAACGAGGACACUACCUAUCCUUGAAACCUCCAAAAAAGCGUUCUACUCGACGUGUACACGGGUCACCUACAUUAAUUCAAUUAAGAUAUUUAUAAGUUUCUUUCAGCGAACAAUCGUGUCACCAUGAUCAAAGUUUUAAUAACUUGUCUUACAUGUAUCAAGGCGAUAUAAACCUUGGCUAUUUCAAUUAAGUAUGAAAGUACCUUAUCCUUUUCUUUCUUAAUCCAUUAUAUAUAACAGAGAGCUCUUAGAAAACGCCCUGGAUAGUAUGGUGACCCGUUAUGGUGACCCGUCCAAUCGUGUCUCCACCGGUACAAGAUAUUCGCGGCAAGAUACACAGCCUGCGAAAUAAUGCGCGCAGUUUUGACUCAUCCCUUGUUCACCCUUUAACCCUAAUACGUAGAAAGCUUUUUUAAUACCGUGGAAUGUUGUAAUUAAAGAAACAAAGACUUCUUUCCUCUAUUAAUUGUCUUCUCUCUUUCUAUCCUUGAAAUCUUUAAUGUUUUUCCCGAAAAAAUGGCUCCGAAAGGUGCAUAUACCUGCCUAGCGAUUUCCCGCCACUAGAGCCAACGAGGAGUCACAUAACUAAAAUUCCUCAAAAACACAGUCUCAGUCAAAAUAGUUGGGACACUUUGGGGUCUCCUUGUCCCCUCAAUGUUGGUGUACAAGAUUUGGUCACCAAACCGCGAUAAACAACUUUGAGAGGGACGAGGGGGAAACGAGAAGGGAAAAAACAGCGUUUGGUUAAAGUGUCCCAACUAUUUUUGUCUGAGACUGUAACUCAGUUGUUCCUUAAAGAGCAUUCUAAGAUCGUGGGGUUUGCAGGCAAGCAUUUCCUCCUCUUCCCUCCCCAUUCCCCUUUGCUCUCGCUACAUGUACAACUUACAUGCAAUAACUUGAUCAGUUUUUGCUGUUGUUCCAACUGUCUCAACGAACUUGCAUGGAAAUGCUUCCUAGGCAGGCUAAAAGAAACACUACUUGAUGGUGUAAUUCUUUUUAAAUUACUUUUCUUGUAGACCCUUUACAUAUAAAUGGUGGAUAUGGCUGGUUCUUACAGGUAUUGCUGUAAUGGGUGCCUACAGGUGAGCUUGAUUGUCUACCAAGGUAUAAUGUAAAAAUUAUCCUGCAUAAAUGUGCCACAGUGGCUUCAAGACUGACCCCAGUUGUGAACCCUUUGAACUGUUCGCAAACUUACAUUUUGAAUGAAGGUACGACCGUCACAGUUGCAAUUGCAAUUUCGGUAAUGUUGCCAAUUAACUGGAAAAACUUUCAGGCCUUUUGAGCCCAUGGCCUCUGCAUUAGCAUUGCAGGGCUCUACCAACCUAUCUCUGAGCUAAAUAUAUUUGAUGGAGGAAAAUUUCAGUGUAGUCAACACAAAGAAACAGCUUUAGGCCAUUUACAUGAGUAUGUGUUACUUUGAUUUUUGAAGAGAAAAUAAAAUCCAUUUGAAUGGCAUUUAUGAGAGCUUCCAGAAAAAAACAUGUGAUGAUUUAUUAAUGAACAAAGAACUGGGAGGAGAGGAAGAAUUCUGGCUAAUCAAAAAGUCUGGUUGAUUGAGGUUUGGAUAUUCAACAUUGGACUGUCACCCCUUCUCCCCUGCAAAAAAAAUAUACACACACCAGUCAUAUCAGUCUAGCUAGUCUAUAAUUUUUACUGGUGUCAACUCUCUGUUUUCAGCACUAAAUACACAGGGAUAUUUACUUUUCUAACUGUUGGAUUUUUAACUGGCCGAGACUUGUGGAAACUUAUUGGGGACCAGUCACUUCCAGGUGUAAGUACAAGUACAAAUACCACUGAAUCAUAGUCAACAGUUACCGGCACCAUACAAACGACUUCUUGAUGGAAUCAAGCAAAAGUAACUACGAGAGAACGACUGGACAAAUGACAAUUUGACUAACAGUAAAUGACUUUAACUGUGACAAUAGAUGGAUCGAAAGGCACCAAUGACAUUAUGAGUCUACAUAGCCAAUAACAUCACGACUUAACUGACAGAUGCCCAAUAAUAUAGUGAUGUAAUUGACCAAUCAGGUCAAUAACCAGAGUUUAAUACCAUCAACAUUCAGGACUACAUUCACCCGGAAGAUCAUGCUUAACCUACUAAAAUGACUCUUUGGUUCAAACCUGUCACACAACAAAAAGCGUUAUCCAUAGUACUCUUCAACAAAUGGGCGCGUUGUCUCAUAUUUAUAAGGGGAAUUUCCAAUACAAUUCUCAUUUUUUGCAUCCAUCUGUACAUUAAUUUAUCAGUGGUUUAUACUAGGGAUAACAGUCAAAUUUGCUAAAGUUAAUUUAGUUGUUCCAAAAAGAGCUUUGUAGGUAAUGAACCAAACAGGCCUAGGAAUAUAUAUCAUUGCAGUAAUCAAGUUUUGGUUUUUUUUUGGAGAUAGUUCAAACUUACACUUUUUUGACUAUUACAAAGUCAUAGUCGUGUUGUGAUCUUUUCCUAGAAGGCAACUUCAAUACCUUGUAAUAAGCCAGAAAUUGGUUUAAAAAUGAUACAUCUAUAGGUUACCCUAGAAAACAAACAAAGUAUCUCAACACAGCCAAAAGGAGAUCAUGUAGCGGGCUUGGACUAUGGUAAAUAGUUUUUCUCAGCUAGAACUUCUUGCUUCUUGUUUCUAAAAUUUCUUGUUUUAUUUUCCGCUAUAGAGGGAGCUUACAAAACAUGUUAUAAGCAGAACUGCCUGCCUUGUUAUUUUCCCUGGGAUCCUCUACCUACUUCAGUUUUACAUUAUGUUUGCUGUAUUAUCAAAGAGUGGAGCCCAUGAUGAUAUGAUGUCCAGUGCUUUCCAAGCCAGUCUUCAGGUACCUUUAUAUUUUGCUAUAUACAUGUUUACAUGUUUCUCUACCAAUGCAAGGGAAAAUUUAUAGUGAUGUCAAUUUUGUAUCAGUGUUCAAUAUUAAUUUAGCAGCUCUGUAUUUACGAUUAAAAUUUUGCUACUCCCAGGGAGGAUUGGCAAAGGUCACACACGGCCAAGCAGAGGGUAAGUUUUCCAAAUAGUGUUGUUGAUCUUACACUAUGCCUUUUUGUAUUGAUAAUGUUUCAUCAUUGCAUUUUUAUAUUACAAACAACCAAAGUUGGCCUGAAGUUCAGCUGGGCUGGUUAGCCUUAUGGCAUAGAGCACAUCUAUUUAUAGACACUUUUAUGGUUUUUUAACUUUUGAAGUGGACAAAUUAGUGAAAAUCUGCCAACACCACUGCAAAAAGGGGCUUAAAACUAGGAAAGGUCCUGAGUUUGAUAGUGAUCUGUGGGAAAAUAACAAGGAUAUUGCACUGCAAAGUCGCAAAGUUUUACAGAUGUUUGUAUGGUGGGGGGUUUGUGGGGGGGGGAGGGGGGGGUACAAACUUGACCCAAACAUCUCUUAAAUAAAACAACCAUGUGUUUUGUAUGGACCAGCUCUGUCAAGCAAUUCAGUUUGCAGCCUUUCUUCCAUAAUACUGAAAAUGGUCUUGCCUGUUUUUAAGCCAAGACUGCAGGGUUUUUGAGAUCAAUGCUGGAAUAUUUACUUUAUGAUGUAUUUCAUCAGAUUGCCUGUAGACCAGCUCGGUCAGCUCAGUGCACUUCAUAAUAAAAAUUAUUAAGCGAAGCAUUUUGAGAUCAAUGCAGGUAUUACAACCAUUACUCAUAUAGCUAUAUAGUCCUGAGGUCUGACUACAGUACUCUUUCACCACUUCAGAGGUAGCAUAUGGUUCUCAAGUCACACUACGGAACACCUUUGGUAAGCAAUGCUGGCUUCACUCUCAUGAGCACACCUAUCCCGUCAAGUAUCCUGAUGGUCGUGGUAGCUCAGCCCAGCAGCAAGUCACAUGUUAUGGCUUUAAGGAUGUCAAUAACUGGUGGAUUAUCAAAGACCCAAAAACGUAAGGCUCUAUGAUUGGCCGUUUCCUCUUAACCCCUUCACUGCCAGAGUACUUGAUGGAGUUUUGUAAGGCGACCCUAACUUUUGAGUCUGCAGACGAAAUCCUCCGAUGUGACCAUUCAAAUGAAAGCUCUCUGCUUGUCCUUUCACAUGAUGCUAUUUGUUUGUCAAAAUUUUUGAAAAUGAAAUGUGGAAAUUUGGUCGAAAUUUGCCUUCGGCCACAUUUGGCCGUGAAAGGAUUAAAGAGCACUAUCAGAGUUGUCAGCUUGGUUGUUUUCUCAGUCCUUUUGCCACGUGGAUGUGCAUUAAGAUUUAACUUGUGGAUUUGCCCUCAAGAACUACUCUUUGUUAGGAUUUCACCGUACACUAGGAUGUUUUUUGUGUUAAUGGAUGUAUAAUUUUAGAAAACUUGUGUAAUAUAGUUACAGCUUAAUAGCUGAUUUCACAUUUUAGAGAGAUCCCAUUGUCUGGCAGUUUUGUUGUCAAUAUAAUAUUAUUUUGGUGGAUUUUCCAAAUGUAUAUUCUUCCUUUUGGGCUGAUGCCUUGGCCAUUCAUUUUUCAGAGAAUCCCUUGCUAUAGAGUAUCCACCAAAACCUGUACACAAUGGCGAUAUAAUUCAGAUUGUUCAUGGGGUGACUGGUAGAGCUUUGAACAGGUAAGAAGAGAUCCUAGCAACAGCAACUGAUUUAACUUUUGUGAUAUUAUCUAUAAAGAACGUCAUUGUUUGUCUUGAAACUCUCGAAGGUUCUGUUCAAUCAUGCCUGUGAUGAGCUCUUUGAGUGUUGUCAACCUGCUAAGAAACUGGCUACUUUGAAACUAUUUGAUUCCAAUAGGUUGUACUUAAGCCGAGGAAAGAGAACCAACAUUUUACACUUUUAUUUUAUUAUUUAGUCAUGAUGUUGCUGCUCCUUUGAACCCGUCCAAUCAGGAAGUUUCCUGCUACAUUGACUACAACAUUUCAAUGCCUGCUCAGAACCUAUGGAAACUGGUAUGUGUAUCUGCACAGUAAACAAUAAUGUACUGUAUUUUCUUCAAAAACAUGUCUACGAACAACUAAGAAAUCACUUUUUUAAAGCUACCAUUAGCUCAAGUUUAUUGUUUAAGGUGGCUUCGUCAUUAGUAAGGGCACAUUGAGGUAUGACUUUAACUGCUGUAUGUUGCUUCCAAUUCAAAAAAAGGUAUUGGUUUUGUAAGCUACCUUGUAUCAGACCGCAGAUAGAACUGUCGAACACCUUUGUUUAUGACAGCAAAAUGAGCACGGGCGGCAUUUCUGCGAGGAAUUCGCACCUCAGCCAGGGGAGCGAAUGACAUUGGAGUCACCUCAAAUUCACCAGAUUGAUCCUCUAUUUCCUUCGUAUCCUGGGGCCAGGAGACAAAAAAAAUGAGAACCAACCUGGGUUCAAUCAAAAUUAACCAGAAAGCAAAUUUCACCUGUAACAUACACAUACCACCAUGUUAUUUGUAUAUGUUGUAGUUAAUUUUUCAUUUCAGGUAAUUUUUAUUUUUUCCUUUGUUUAAAUUUCAUUAGCAUACAUUACCAUACCCAAAAACAAAAGGAAAACAAAAAUUACCUGAGAUAAAAAAUUAGCUGCAACAUAUAUAUUAGUGCUGUUGUUGAUUGGUGUUGAUGCUGUUCUUUUGGCUCCAACAUUCAAAUCUUUAAUUAACGCGGUUUUAAUAUUUGUCUUGUGUUUUUCAACGUCAGGAGAUAAUUAACCCAGACGGUAGUAAUGUAUGGAAGACUAUUCACUCUCAAGUCCGACUCAUUCAUGUUAACACUUCUCAAGCUGUAAAGGUGGGUUUUCUCAGUAUUUGAUAUGAGGGAAAUCGUCCAGCUGGCUGUCAUUAUCGCUAUUGUUAUCACGAAAGGCCGAUUUAUAGCGGGCGCGCGCAGCGAAGCCCCGCAGCGAAGCAAAAUGGGAAACCUAUCCAUGCGAGAAAAUUUGGUUAUGACGUCAGCGUACGCCCGCCCGUACGUACGGACUGGCAGGGAGGUACUAAGUGGACUAUGAUGGGUGGGGUUGGGGAAUCCAAGACAUGUAGCUUGCGGUUGUAUCGGCGAAACGUUAGCCAGUUCACCUAGAGGCAACCAAAUGCGGGGCAAAUGAAUCCAUUAAUACUACUCAAUGAAAAUGAAAGCGGUAUUUGAGAGUAAAUAGGACAACUCAAGGCUACGUUCGCAGCAGUAAUGUGAGGCUAUCGGUAGUGCGUAAAUGCAGUGAAUUUGCGAAACUGAUUCUUUAACAUUGACUUGAGAGUGAAAUUAAGACAAAAGAAAGGAAAGUUUAAAUCUUCCCACUCCUUCCUUGACUCGCGCCGAUAGCAAUCACUCAUUUUCAGACAGCCAGUUUACUUUGAAUUUAAACACCCGCUAUGGCCAAGGUGUUCUCGACUCAGACGCCAGGGACUUAAAUUGGGUACUGAAUUUCUUUCAUUAUUUUUCUUUUGAGGUCUGAAUGGUGGUAAAAAAAAAACAAAUUUUGGUGUGAAAUAGGGCAAGGUUUUCAGACGAUAAACCUUUAUAAGCCGUAAGAGUUAUCAGCAUCAAAUUUCUCCUUGUAAUAUCCAUGCUUUGUAAAACAGAGUGGUCAUGAGAAUUACGAACAUGAUCACACAAGAUGAAUUUGCUUGAUAUUUUAUCAACUUCUCCCCACUACUUCUGUAGCAAGUGAAUUGGGGCAGCAAUUGAGAAUUCAAAUGAUGAUCUUAGGGUUUAAAGGGUUAAUACUGGCCAUCCCCACACGCUGUGUUGACUGGGACUUUAACCUGGCAUGGAAGAUGAAAAAUAAGGUUUCAAAUGUAUUUCAUUGACUUCACUUGGAGCUCGCGUUUCGCAUUUAUAAGCGAGGAAUAAAAGAACCGUAAUCCAUUAAAUUUAUUUUAAAAGUCCCUCGAUGAGCUUAAGUUUAAUUAAUAAGCAUCAUUACAAUCACACUACACUGUAUUCGUAAGAAAAAUCGAUAUAGUGCCCGUUGUUUAUAUCAAGCGAGCAUAAACAUCACAGCACGAUGUUCCUCCAUUGUCGCUUUCACUGCUAUUCGCCAAAUCUUCGCCGUACCAUAAACGAAGCUCCUGUCCUCGAGUCACGGAUGGAGGAUUGGAGAAAGCAGACAGCACCAGCGCUGGAGAAAGUGAGUUGUAACCAGGAAUCAAAGACCACUUGAGUGUCUUGUCAGUUAUGAACUGGCUCGAAGGCAAAAGAACGCUACCGCCCGAGGUUGUUAUUACAGCGUCUACAUGGUUUUUCACGCUUGAGUGUUGGUUGCAUCCCCAAUAAGACCAAUGGUAAGUUUUGCGUGUAUCACACGUCACAUAACCAUACACGUGGACCAGUUUGACUGAUGCCAGUUUGCCGCUGGACGGAACAAGGAACUUGCCAAACCGGUUGUCUUUGGCUCCAAAACAUACCAAAUUUGUAUUCAGCUUUAUCCACCCGUCUGUAAACAAGCGAAAAUUAAAUGUUUUGAGUAAAGUCUAAACUACAUUUAUUUAAACAGUGGUUAUAUGCUAAUUGCUGACUGUGAAAACAAAUAUUUUAGCACUAACUGCCAAGAAAGAAUAAACAUUUGAAGCGAAGAUUAUUUUACUGAAUCAUCUCGAGCCGAUUUAGAUCAAUUAAACAAUAAACUUAGUAUGAUAAUUUACUUUUCUUUUAGCUCGUAUAUGACACGUGGCCGACGUGGUGGUCCAUUUGCUGUUAAAGAAUAGCCAUAAUAAAUGUGCAAAAUAUAUUAAUAAAAUCCUGUUUUACGAAGCGACUGCUAUAGGUAUCCAGUUUUUGAUACAACUAGAUUGAACACAUUUGCUUGAAAUGACGGAAUUCUUAAAUGGUUGAGUUUUUUAAACCUAGAGAUUUUUUUAGUUUAUUUUAAUAUUCGCUCCCCUCCUUGGAUUAUGUUUUUUAGCCAAAAAAUCCGGGACAAUUAUGAGGAAGCAACGAUUUGUCUUCUGUUCAUUUGUCCGUCAGUAUCGUCGACUUCUUGAACAGUUCUUUAGCUGUGAUAUCUGUGGAGGGAAUUAUAAACGUCCUUGAUAAAGCUGAGGGAAUUUAAAAUUUGAAGGUGGAGUUGUGGUUUUCUAAACUUGAUCGUUGCGAUGACGUGUCCCGACUCAGGGAAUACCUUAUCAUUUUAAGAGCGAUACAAACACAUAAUUAAGAGAGGAAGCGAUUGGGCAGCUUAUUUGAAGUCCAUGCACUUAGCAUUAAAUUGUGAGUAGUUUUAUUAUCAAUGUGCGAUUUCGUAUUCAUUGCCUCGCGUAAGAAAAACGAGCGAUCCACGGCUUUUGUCUACAGUUCCUAACUGGGUAGCUUAAGAUGUCACUUAGCAUUGAAUUAUAUGUUUUAUCAGUCUUAUUAUCAAUGUGUUCGUAUUUAUUGCCUCGCGUCCGCCAAGUUUGAAGACCGAAAAAAAAAACUUAAAAAAAGGAAGGAGAAAAGGCGUAAUUUAAGGCAGGAGCAAUUUGUUCCAUUUCGAUAUACCUCCGUUGUCCUUCUUGUUCAUCUUUGUCAGCUGUUUGGUAAGUUCCUUCUUCAAUGUUUCAAAUUCUUUUUUGAGUUGCGAUUUGUUCCAUUUCGAUAUACCUCCGUUGUCCUUGUUCAUCUUUAUCAGUUGUUGGGUAUGUUCCUUCUUCAAUGUUUCGAAUUCUUUUUUGAGUUGCGAAGUGAUUUCCCUGAGGGUAUCAGCACCCGAAUUCUGACAAAGUUGAUUCACUACAACGUCACGAUUGGUUUUGUUCGCUCCUAAACUGUUUGCAGCGACUGCAUACAUACAAACGCUGACAAGAAACACCAAGCUUGUCUUCAUAUUGAUAUUUACGGAAAAAAUGUAUCUCGACUUAGUUAGCGACUUGUGACCGAACGAUCCAAAGAAUAGCAAUGCGAUUUCACAGAGGUGAUCCCUAAGGGAAGCAGUCCCCCAUUCUGUACGUGAAAUAACAAGAAAAGAGAAGUAUUUUUAGCAGCCUAAUGACGGAGGAUUAAUAUAAUGCUAUUUAAUUUUAUUUACUCAAUCGACUGAAGUAUUAAUGAACUGUGCUACUAGAGCGUUGAAUUUCCGGAUGUCAGAAAAUAGGCGGAAGUUAAGUGGCCAUUUUUUAAUAUGCUAAGCAACCUGACGCUCCUUUUCGGGCAACAUUCGGUCAGUUGGCGGGAAACUCAAGUGGUUACCAUACAACCGUGGCUAAAUUUUUUUUUUAAAAAAAAGCGUCUGUAGUAUGACCUCGACAACGACAAAACAAUAGAAGAAAAUAUUGCCCUAGAGUUGCCUUUCACAUUGCUAUGAUGUUUAUCACUAGUACAUUCAGUCAAUGUACUUAAUCCGCUAAAAGCAAGUAGUUUAGUAAACAUAAUAAUCAGUUCACUUGUGCCGUUAAUGUAGUUCAUAAACUGUAAUAAUAAUAAUAGUAAUAAUAAUUUUCAUGAUGAUAAUAAUAAUAAUAAUAUUUUUUUGAAUUUUGAAUUAUUAAAUAUAUUCUUUAUUAGUAUAUAUGUUGUAGUUAAUUUUUUAUCUCAGGUAAUUUUUCUUUUUCUUUUGUUUUUGGGUAUGUUAAUGUGUGCUAAUGGCGUUGAAACAAAAGAAAAAAAAAUCUACCUGAGGUAAAAAAUUAACCACAACAUAUACACACUAAGUGAUCUUGCUGAUUUAAGCAAUCUGAUUGAUUCGCAAUCUCGGACUAUUCAACAAUAUUCACCUCCUAGCGAGUGAAUAAUGUGUGCGCACGGUAUUUUUCCCAGUUUUUUAGAGAACAAUCCUUUUAAAGUCGACAAAAUUCAGGGUUGACUCUUUUUAAGGCAAGAAAAGACUUGGAAGGAUUCAAAACGGCGUUUUUCCAUUUACUGCACAGGCGGCCCAGACGUAGUAUGUGUCACUGAAUGAAUAUAUUAAUAUUCACAUGGACAAAUUAAUGCGAUGAGUCGUCGAAACUCCAAUGAACUAAAAUAGUCCAAAAAUUAAAAUAUAACAAAAUAAAGCUAAGAUACCUUUAACUGAACGUAUCCUUGUCUUUCCUGGCCGGUUUAAGUGGCAUUUUGUUGAGUUAUGCAAUUGUAGGUACUAUCCACUAUAGAAGAAUUAAAGGCUGGCUACAAAACAAACAGACCAUCUCCACGCGCCUUCACACGAAGCGCUAUAAAUUCGAGAAUAAUCGACGAAUCCGCUCCAAAUAACCAUCGGCUAAUCUGCAGGUAACGUGUGCUCCUGCUUCUGGCUCGCUUGCUCCACAAAACCCAUCGCAACUGCACAAUAAUUGCUCGCUCAUCAACAACCACUGUUGACCUUUACGCUUCGAUAUGACCGCAAACGACCAGGUGUAAUACGCGACGUGAGUAUUCAAGCUUAGCGACCACGUUCGCGCAACAAUGCAGCACUUGCUAUGGGAGGGAUGGUACUAUUGCUUCUAGGUCAAUCAAUCGGGAAAAUAAUAUUGAAGCCCUUAUAAUUUUUAAAAAGAUCCAAUUUUCCCUAGGAGCACCGAACAGAUACGAAUCUUAUAGCGGAGCUAAAAAAAAUGAGCAGCAGUGGAAAAAGUGAACAAGAACAUGUACCACAUUUUCUCCAUAAAAAGUGAAAACCAGGACGUUUUCUGGACGUUUCACGUUACAGUCAUGCAAAUCAACGGCAAGGAAAUGUACAAGAAAGUGUGCUGCAAUUAGACCUAUUGUUGUUUUUCACAGUUCUGGUCAAGGGCAUCCAACUUUUAAUUUUUCACAUUUCACUCACCGGGUUAGGCUAUUUUUCGUAGAGAGUAAAAUGGAAUCCUAAAAUUUUCGAAUUCAAUAAUGUGAUGAAAGAAGGUAUCUGAAAAAUUUUAUCCUUCGUAAUACGUUAAAUUGCAUCUAAAAUUUUCGGGAAAAUAAUUCUGAAUUCCUCGUAAUUUGGAAAAGACUCAAGUUCCUCUAGAAUGGCCGAACACUGAGAUACAAGUUUUAUAGCGCCACUUAGAAUGCAUUUCUAUAGAGCUAAAAGUACUUUAUGAAUAGCUACAAAAGUGUUUUCAAUUGAAAGUAUUUGAGGAAACAGUCGUUGCGUGGCCCUGUCUCGUUGUCUUCUCCGCUUAGCAUUACACGAUAUAUUUUAUAUUUAGUAUGAGCAAACUAUAAAUCAUUAGCUUCGCUUUUAGCCCUCCUGACUAAAUUUAUGUAAGCGCUGUUUAGAAUGCAUUUUUCGGUCAAAAGUACUCUGGACAGCCGUAAAUGUGUUUUCAAUGCAUUUAGGGGGAAAUCAUCGUUGGGUGCCCCUGAGUUUUGAGAAUAAUAAUAAUAAUAAUAAUAAUAAUAAUAAUAAUAAAAGAUAUCGCGCCCAUAAAUUUUACUUUACGAUAUCUUCAGCUGUAUCUUCUAUUCAGCUGCAUAGCGGGGGCCAGAUUUUGCCUUUUUCCUGGGCGGAAAAUUCUCGUCCUCCUUCACCAGUUUGGACAACAUAUUAUGGAGUAAGACGUUGUUAAUCUAAGCAAAUAAGUCUGGUAGAGUCAAGAACCUAUGCAAGCGGCUGGACGAACAAUCUGACAGCAGCUGAGACAGCGAACGUUAGAAGAAUUCGAACUUGAAAACCAGGGCUGCCCUGUUGAAAACUUACGGACGGUCCCGCGAUCGCCUUUUGUUUUCUGGUCAAAACUAACGCAGCGGACCCUCGCUCAGUGUUGAUUGACCUUGAACAAUUGUACCAUCCCUCCCAUUGCAAGUGUUGCAUUGUCGCGUGGACGCGGUCGCUAAGCUUGAAUAUUCACGUCGCGUAUUAUACCUGGUCGUUUGCGGUCAAAUCGAAGCGUAAAGGUCAACAGUGGUUGUUGAUGAGCGAGCAAUUAUUGUGCAGUUGCGAUGGGUUUUGUGGAGCAAGCGAGCCAGAAGCAGGAGCACACGUUACCUGCAGAUUAGCCGAUGGUUAUUUGGAGCGGAUUCGUCGAUUAUUCUCGAAUUUAUAGCGCUUCGUGUGAAGGCGCGUGGAGAUGGUCUGUUUGUUUUGUAGCCAGCCUUUAAUUCUUCUAUAGUGGAUAGUACCUACAAUUGCAUAACUCAACAAAAUGCCACUUAAACCGGCCAGGAAAGACAAGGAUACGUUCAGUUAAAGGUAUCUUAGCUUUAUUUUGUUAUAUUUUAAUUUUUGGACUAUUUUAGUUCAUUGGAGUUUCGACGACUCAUCGCAUUAAUUUGUCCAUGUGAAUAUUAAUAUAUUCAUUCAGUGACACAUACUACGUCUGGGCCGCCUGUGUUUACUGCAGCUGAGUUUUGUCCUCGAUGAAUUGUUUACAACUCCCGUUUAUUCGCGUAGAAGAGGCCGUUUCGUGAACUCAGCUUUUUUGGGAAACCAUUAAAAUGAUUUCCUCUCUGAUUUUGUUGAGAUCGCUUAGUGUGUAUUUACUAAAACAAUUAUUCUUCUCAAUCUCGGUGAAUAGUGGCUUUAGGAAUAUUUACCUGGCCGCUUCGCAGCUCGGUAAAUAUUUACCAAUUAUUCACCUCGAUUUCAAAGAAUAAUUGUUAAUUAUUACUUAAAAAACAUAUCUUAUGUUACAAAGUCGAUAAAAUAAAUAUAUAAAAUGGAGAAAACACUAGUAAAUGGAAGAGAAUAAGACAAGAAAUAUAAAUGAUCUACAAAAGGAGUUACAUUUAGAAAAACUGAGUCCUCGUGUGUGAUUCUUUUGAGGGUGAUACCUGAAGGACAGUGACGUCAUAUAAUAUUUACCGCAUUAUUCUAUGAAAACAUCCACGGUCGCUACUGCGCAUGCAUCCAAAAAAGGAACAAUGAACACUCCCAUAGUUUUCUCAUUAUCGUCUUCAAGAUGAAAAUUUCGUCAUUUUCUUCUGUCUACAAUAAACUGGGGCUCAAUUCUCUCUUGUUUUUUUGCCAUGCCGCAAGCGAAUAAGACGAAAGAGAUCAUCGGCCUCCGUCCAAUGAGUUUUUUCAAGCUAGUUCAGUGUCCUCGUGUGUGAUUCUUUUGAGGGUGAUACCUGAAGGACAGUGACGUCAUACAUUGUUCACCGCCUUAUUCUAUGAAAACAUUCACGGUCGCUGCUGCGCAUGCCUCCAAAAGAGUAACAAUGAUCACUGCCAUAAUUUACUCAUUACCGUCUUCAAGGUGAAAAGUUCGUCAUUUUCUGCUGUCUAGAAUAAACAAAGAUGCGCGUGCAAAGAUGAGGGUAUCGUGAAUAAGGUCUACCAUAAGUUUACAGCAGAUGUCAAAGUCGAACAUAUUAAACUCUUGUCAUUAUAGCUGUCGAUUAAAUUAUUCAUAUAGCUCUCUAUCAACAUUUUGAACAAGUAAUCUGUCACUGGCAAUGUUGAUUAUCGGCGAUUGUUAAUAUCAAAUAUUUGAUUUGAUAGAUUUCUGGUAGAGCACAGCAGCGCUAACGCAGAGGCCAUGGGUUCGAAUCCCGUUGAAGCCCUGUGAUAUAUUUUUUUUCGGGUUAAUUUGCAAUUGCUUGGAUUGCUCCACUACUGGGACGAUCAAAUGUUCAUUUAGUUAUGUAUUUCCCCAGUUCACGUCAUCUUCAAAAGUAUAUUUGUUUCCAAGCUGAAUAAGUCAGAUCUAGAGAGACAUCCACUCCUUCACAGAACUUCAUAGAACUUUCCAUCUACAUUAACGGCUAUUCCAUGAGAUUAAUAGCGGAUACUCCGCUCGCGCGAAGCGCGCGCAGCGGAGUCCUAUAGCUAAUAGCUUGUGUACAGACGCACCCUCCCCUCAAAAAGAAAAAAACAAUGGGGGGAGGGACGAGUUUCUCUCCCCGGUUUUUUCUGAGGGGAGGAGCGGCGUCUGUACACAGGUUACGUAGCUAAGAAAAAAUGGGAAACCUAUCCAUGCGAGAAAAUUUGGUUAUGACGUCAGCGUUCGUCCACGCGUACGUACGGACCGGCAGUAAGGUAUUAAGCAGACUCUGCAGGGGUGGGGGUGGGGAAUCCAAGACUUGUAGCUUGAGUUUGUCUUGGCGAAAAGUUAGCAAGUUUACCUAAAGGCAGCGAAUGGAGUUUUUCCAAUGUUAAAAAGGAUAUUGAAAUUCCGUUUGUUUGACUGACGAAGAAAAAAACGGUGAAGAGUAGUUUUAAGGGUGUGCUUUUCAAAAAAUCCACACCAAGAGCCAUUACUUGUUUAGACAGAACUGUUCCAUUCCGGGCCCGAUAUAAGAAAACGUUAUAAACUUAUGGCGAAUACAAAAGUCGGUCAGAUUUUUCUUUUAGGUCUUUCCCAUUUAACUAGGGAGCUUUAGCAACGACGACGGCGACGGCAACGAGAUCGUCAAAAAGCAAUAGGUUUGUUAAGCAAAACGACAACUUUGCACGUUCAUCACGCCUUUUUGAACAUUUCCUUGCGUCACUUCAUGACUUUGACGUAAAAAUGCCUAAUUGCACGUUUUAUGGAGGACGUAAACAAGCGACAACCAAUUUUUUCUUUCUCUUUCUAUACUUGGAUGCGGUCCCCAAGAAAUCAACUCCCGGAAAAGUCGCCUACAUUUGACAUUUUCAGCGACUUGGCACGAAGGCGACAAAGUUUGCCGAAGUGCGAAUUGAUUUUGAAAGUGACGUUUUCGUUGCCGUCACCGUCGUCGAUGCUAAAGCUCCAUUUUGACUGUAGAAAUCGUAAGUUGUCUGUUACCAAAGAGUAUCGUGCUGUAAACAUAAGACUUUUAGCUUGAUGGGAGAGUAUUCAUUUCAGGUGUUUUUUCUUAAUACUUUUUCUUAAUCACCCAGCCCCCCCACCCUUCAAAAGGAGGAUUAUUGUUAUUGGCUUAGACUUUAUUACAUAUUAUUGCGUUCGACGAAGGAGAACGCAGUCUAUUCUUUAAGGCGCGAUUAUAGCGCGGCUACCAAGCAUGUUAUUAAUUUGAAAAAAUGAUACUGACAAUGGUUGCGUGGGGCAAUGGAUAACACGUUGCCCUUACACGUCGAAGGUCUCGGGUUCGACUCCCGCCGGGUGAGAAUUUUUUCUUUUUUUCGUAGUCGUUUUGUUUUGUUUUGUUUCGUUUUUUUUUAACAUAUAGGAAGCGUUUUGCAGCAUCAAUUUAUUAGGAAAUAAUAGGGCCAUUUAUACGAGCAAAAAUAAGACGCGUCUUACAUAAGACGCGAACUUUUCGUAUAAACGGCACAUUUCGUCUAAAAUAAGACGCGACUUAGCUUAGACGCGUCUUAUUUUACAACAGCCCUUAACACCUGUUCUUAGAUAAGACGCGUCUUAGCUAAGACGAGUAAAACUUCGUAUAGAGUGUUUUCACUCACGUGCCCAGCAUUUAUGCAAAGGUUUUGGAACAAAAGAAAGCGUUUGCAUAAGAAAAGAGUUCAACUCCCACAGGACUGGUUUGGGACACCAACAUGGCCGCCGUUUCAUUGUUUUGGGACACCAAAAUGGCCGCGGUGACGUCAUGUGAAAAGACUCUAUAAAUGACUUUCGCGUCUUACUUAAGACGCGAACGGAUAGUACGCAUGCGUUAAUUUUCCGCGUGCCAUGUUGGAUUGCCUUUGCUACGGGCAAUAUUCACAUGAAAACGAGUCAAGAACAGAAAUAAGACGCGAACCAUUUAUACGAGCUUUUUUCGUCUUAGAUAAGACAUGCUCGUAUAAAUGGCACAGUUCGCGUCUUAUUUUUCCUCGUAAAAAUGGCCCUAAUGUCACAUUUGACAGUAAACCUAAAAAGCUCGAACGCACUUCCUAAUCUGAGAUUACUACUAGUGAAGCACAUAGUUGACCAAGCGUUACAAAGAUCAGCUGAAUUUUUGAACGGCACAAAAGCGGAGCAAAUGUUCUGCUAACACUCGAUGAAAAUGGAAGCGGUAUCUGAGUGUUAAUAGGACAGCUCCUGGCUACGUUCGCAGCAAUAAUGUAGCCUGCGUAGCUGGCGUCGAAAGGGUUAAAGGAUAGGGAGGAAGGGAAAAAGGAAGGGGGACUAGGGAGAGAGGCGCUCGCUUCCCUUUUGCCUUUUCCCUUCUCUCCCUUCUCUCCCAUCCCCAUCCCCAUCCACUGUGUUGAUUGGGACUUUGACCUGAAUGCAGGGAUAUGUCCAAAAACAAAAGCAUCGAAGAUGAAAAGUAAAGUUUCAAAUUUAUUUUAUUGACUUCACUUUGAGUUCGCGUUUCGCAUUCAUAAGCGAGGAAUAAAAGAACCUUAAUCCAUUAAGUUUAUUUUAAAAGUCCCUCGAUUAGCUUCAGUUUAUUUAAUAAGCAUCAUUACAAUCACGCUACGCUGUAUUCGGAAGAAAAAUCGAUAUAAUUCCCUUCGUUUAUAUCAAGCGAGCAUAAACAUCACAGCACGAUGUUCCUCCGUUGUCGCUUUCGCUGCUGUUCGCCAAAUCUUCGCCGUACCACAAACGAAGCUCCUGCCCUCGAGUCACGGAUGGAGGAUUGGAGAAAGCAGAGAGCACCAGCUCUGGAGAAAGUGAGUUGUAACCAGGAAUCAAAGACCACUUGUUUGCUCCAGUUAUGAAGUGGCUCGAAGGCAAAAGAACGCUACCUCCCAAGGUUGUUAUUACAGCGUCUACUUUGGUUUUCAAGCUAGAUUGUGGGCCGCAUCCCCAAUAAGACUGGUAGAUGGCUCCUCUAGCACAAGCGACAACCAUACACGUGGACCAGUUUGACUGAUGCCAGUUUGCCGCUGGACGGAACAAGGAACUUGCCAAACCGGUUGUCUCUCGCUCCAAAACACACCAAGUUUGUAUUCAGCUUUAUCCACCCGUCUGUAAAGAAGCGAAAAUUAAAUGUUUUGAGUAAAGUCGUUAAAGUAAAGCGAAGAUUAUUUUACUGAAUCAUUUCGAGCCGAUUUAGAUCAAUUAAGCAAUAAACUUAGUAUCCUAAUUGUCUUUUGUUUUAGCUUGUAUCUGACGCGUGGCUGACGUGGUCUGUUUGCUGUUGAUGAAUAGCCAUACUAAUAUGCAAAAUAUAUUAAUAAAAAUCUGUCUUUUUUACAAAGCAACUGCUAUAGGUAUCCAGUUUUUGAUACAACUAGAUAGAACACAUUUGCUUGAAAUGAAGGAAUUCUUCAGAGAGAUUUUUUCAGUUUAUUUUAAAAGUCGCUCCCCUCCCCGGAUUACUUUUUUUAGUGAAAAAUUCCGGGACAAUUAUGAGGAAGCUAAGAUUUGUCUUCUGUUCAUUUGUCCGUCAGUAUCGUCGGCUUCUUUAACAGUUCUUCAGCUGUGAUAUCUGUGAAGGGAAUUAUAAACGUUCCUUGAUAAAGCUGAGAUUUAAAGUUUGAAGGUGGCGGUGUAACUUUCUAAACUUGAUCAUUGCGAUGACGUGUCCCGACUCAGGGAAUACCUUAUCAUUUUAAGAGCGAUACAAACACAAAAGAGAGGAAGCGAUUGGGAAGCUUGUUUAAGAUCCAUGCACUUAGCAAGACUUUAGUAGUCGUAUUAUCAAUUUUUUCUUAUUCAUUGCCUCGCGUAAGAAAAAGGAGCGAUCCACGGCUUGUCUACAAUUCCUUUUGGGUAGCUUAAGGAUCUCACUUAGCAUUGAAUUAUAAAAUUUUAUCAGUUCUAUUAUCGAUGAGUUCGUAUUUAUUGCCUUUCGUCCGCCAAGCCUGAAUACUAAAAACUAUACCUCUGUUUUCCUUCUUGUUUAUCUUUAUCAGUUGUUCGGUAAGUUCCUUCUUCAAUGUUUCAAAUUCUUUUUUGAGUUGCUUAGUGAUUUCCUUGAGGGUGUUAGCACCCGAAUGCUGACAAAGUUGAUUCACUACAACUUCACGAUGGGUUUUGUUCGUUCGUAAAGUGUUUGCAGCGACCGCAUACAUACAAACGCUGACGAGAAACAACAAGCCUGUCUUCAUAUUGAUAUUUAAGGUCAAAAUGGAUCUCGACUCAGUUAGCGACUUGUGACCGAACGAUCCAAAGAAUAGCAAUGCUAUUUCACAUAGGUAUUCCUAUAGCAACCAAUUACCUAUUCUGUACGUGAAAUAACAAGAAAUAAGAAGUAUUUUUAGCAGCCUAAUGACGGAGGAUUAAUAAUAUAUAGAUUUAGCCAUGGCUAAAAGCGAGGCUCCCAUUAGUAAAUUUAUAAUUUAAAUGAAACAAUAAACUUGUAUUCGAAUUCCACAAUUCAGUUAACUUUAGAGCACAUUUAUGUGACUUUUGAGGGAAAGGCUACCUGAUUUUAGAGAAAAAUAAUUUGCAAACAGCCCAAGAGUGAACCAAAUCUUACAUCGAGUUGAUAGCCUCAUAUGUACACUCAAAAACUGGUAAUCAUCUUUUAUCACAUUUAAGAGCCGUAAUGGCUAUUGAUCACCGUAGAUCAAUUAGGCUUAGAAAAAAAAAUCAGGCCAACGUUUUGGCGUUCGACAAGUUUACUUUGGAAAAUCUUGCCAACAAAUCUGGGUGUGUGUAAACCAACCUUUUAUACCAUGGACAGAAAGCAGUAUUUCACAAUACAAAUUGCUCUCAUUAAAUAUUCAUAAACUGUUAAAAAAAUUUUCCAAAAUCACCUAUACGGCCAUCCGGUUCUCACUUUUGUAGUGCGAGCUGUAGCGAGUGUUUGAAUGAACAUUAACAGAGUUACGCUCCAAGAUAAUAAAGAAUUUAUCAUGUUUAUUUUUUAUUUGAUGGUUUAACGCGCGGCAUUUUGAGAACUCCUGCACGCGAUGUUCACUGAACGACUGAAAACAAUCGGCAUAGCGAUUAAAAUUGCACGAGAGACUACUAACAAUCAAUAAAAGAAAUAUAAUUCGGUGAAACAUAAACAGAAACAACAAUUUUCAUUCAGGAAGACAAGUAUUAAAGUGUCCCUAAAUAUCCUGAGUCUUCAAACUUCAAGCUUAAGUUUGCUUAAGUUUAUGUUUUAAGCCGGCUUCCCGGUGUUUGUUUUUUCAAAGACGAACUCGAGGCAAGAAAAUCGCUCAAAGCUUUCUUUUCCGGCCAGAAUUAUAACUAAAGAUUCUUUGGAACAUUUUCUUUCUAUUUGCGGUGAGAAACUGUCUAAAGGCUUUUUAAAGUUCUGUAAGAUUAUAUCAAACCAGAUACUCGGUGAGAUCGUUGUCUCAAAUCUUACAAACGCGCAUAAACUAAAUUCCCGCAUAAACUACGCUCCACUUCAUUAAAUUAGAUACAAAAAACAAACAUGAAAUACAAUAAUUUCUCUGGCUUACCAUUCGAGAUGCAGCUCCUGAAAGUUAUCAGGUAAAGCCAGUAUCGCUUCAGACUUUGCAAUCCUCUUACGCAUCAAGCAAGGUGAAAACGAAAACGAUGCCAUCCGAAAUCGGAUUUCCGACUUUGACAAGCGACGUAUUUCUCAACCAAAAACCCAAUAAACAAACUAGCCAUGAGUAACAGAAGACUCCUGAUAGCAGCUGAAUUUCAUUUUGUACAUCCAGUGGAAAAAGACAGUUAAAAACAUCACAAGUUGACACAAAACUCUGUCAGCUUCAGCUGUUAAAGUAAACAAGAUUCAAGAUGCUGCAUAAAUUUUGCGCAUGAACUCACCUGUCAAAUUUUGACCAAUCAGAGCAUAAAAAUUGGACGUAGAGCGUGACCAACGCGUGACCAUUGUGAGAAAAAACAAAAGCAACUGUCUUCCCUGCCUGUAACAGCUGGCUGAAUUUUCACGUCCGAGGUCAGUUUGCAAUCAAAAUUUUAAUUGUGCAGCACAUAAACACAACAUAUUUCAUAUGAAUUUAGAAAAAAAAUUGAACUUGAGCCUGCGAUCACUUGAAAACUAGUUUACUUGUCAGCGGAUAACUUCAAAAAAAUACUUGACCUCGACGGGUCGACACCUGAGCCCGCGAUACGGUCAAGUGAUACUGGUCAGCGGGUACUCUGUUUUGACAGCUGUCAAUUGAUCAAAACAUUGAUGUCCAAUAUGUGUGCAUUAUCAGUUUUCCUGUGCUCCCAAACUAGUAAAAGUAUGAGAUUGAACGUUGUUCGCGAUCUAGUGAAACAGUUAACUGGUCAGCGGACAGCUUCCAAAUAAAUCACGUCACCUCGAUGAGUUGACACAUGAGCCCGCGAUAUGGUCAUGGGAUACUGGUCAGUGGCUAUCCUGUUUGGACAGCUGUCAAUUGACCAUAUUGUUAAUGUCCUAUAUUAAAGAUGUGGACUUGCCAAGACACGCCUGAGACACCCCUCCCUUCCUUUUGAUAGUCUCCCCUACCCCACCCAUACAAUCUGUAGACGCGCACGUACGUACGUACGUACGUACGUACGCUCGGUCAAUCACGUGACAACCAAACGAAAAGAGGUUGACCAUAUUCCAUGGGUAUGGGGCUCUGUCCCACGCGCGCUUCGCGCGCGCGGGAGCCCCGCUAUAAUGCUGUUUAAUUUUAUUUACCUAAUCGACUGAAGUAUUAAUGAACUGUGCAACUAGAGCGUUGAAUUUCCGGAUAUCAGAAAAUUGGCGGAAGUUAAGUGGCCAUUUUUUAAUACGUUAUAAAAGCAACCUGACGUUCCUUUUAAGGCAAAAUGCCGUCAGUUGGCGGGAAACUCAGGUGGUUACCAUACAACCUUGGCUAAAUUUCCGUUUAGCUAAGUUAUUUAAAAAGCGGCUGUAGUUAUGACCUCAACAACGACAGAAUAAUAGAAGAAAAUAUUGCCCUAGGGUUUUCUUUCACAUUAUUAUGAUGUUUAUGACUUAUACAACCAAUCAAUGCACUAAAUCCACUAAAAGCAAUUAGUUUAGUUAACAUAAUAAUCAGUUCACUUGUCCCGUUGAUGUAGUUCAUAAACUGUAAUAAUAGUAAGAAUAAUAAUAGUAAUAAUAAUAUAUUUUUUUAACUUUUAACAAUUAGAUAAGUUCUUUAUUGAUUACUAGAUAAAAACAAAUAUCUAAUAUUACAAAGUCGAUAAGAGGAAAGCUAUAUAAAAUGGAGAAAAAACUAGUUAAUGGAAGAUAUUAAGACAGAAAAUGUUAAAAAAAAUACAAAAGGAGUUACAUUAAGAAAAGGUGAGUCUUUUUGUAUUAAUGUAUUCUUAAAAAGCUCCGAAUGUUUCUUGGACUUAUUCUUAAUUAACAUAUGAGAAAAAUUAUCGUAGUAGAACAAGAAUUUUUUUUAAAAACUAAGCCUAAAUACGAUAAAUAUUAAAAGUAUUAAUACUAAAAUCUCGCUAGUUCCUGAUCGAUUUCAAAGCCCCUGCUAGUCCUAAAUGUGAAAAAUAUUAAAAGUUCUAAUCCUAAAAUCUCGCUGGUUCCUUAUCGACUUCAAAGUCGUUAUCUGUAAUGUUCAGCGGAGCUCUUGGCGUACAAUGUGAGCCUCUCUAGCACAAGUUAAAAACAGCGCAGACCUCAAGAGGGCGAAUGAGACUGACGCGAAUCCGUGGAAUUGUAGUACUAUAAUCCUCUCCAUUGGAGUAAAGGAGCCUUGUUCGACUUCUAUCACCCCUCUGGCAUACAUUCUCUUCUUCUCACUCUCAUGCUGGCGGUAGAUUUGUUUUGUGGUGAGGCCUUUAUAAGACUCUGCAUUCGGGUAACAAACCCUAACGUCGAAAAAGGCAGAGCCUUCAGUGGCGGAUCCAGAAUUUUUUUUUGGCCCUUUGGGCCUCAUUUUGGUCGAAAAUAAGGGGGGGACUGGCCCCGCGGGCCCCUCCGCUGGAUCCGCCACUGGCCUUGCAACUGCCAGAAUCCACGAGCGUGAAUGUUGAGCCGGGGCGGGGCAUCCGCUGCUGUGUUCGUACCAGGUGUCAGCACUUCUCCGUUUAUCUCCUGAGGUGCUGGCUCAAUUUGGCUGUCAGUAUAUACCAUCUUUAGAAUUUCGAUAGUUUGCUACAACUCCGUCGCACGAUACACGUAGAUAUACGUUUAAGUUAAACCGGCGACAGUCACGAGGCAGUUUUAGACUUGAUUUACACGCCACAACGCGUGUCCCAGGCUUGUAGUAAGCACACCGUAUGCCAUAACGUUUUACCGUGUAAAUGUGCGUUAACAGGUCUGCUCGCUUUUUGUAGAUCUCUGGAAUGGAAUUACCAGACUGGGGAUUCCGUCAGCUUGAAGUAUGCACAGACAAGUCCGUCAAACAAACAAACACUAUCUGGAAUGUUGAGGAGCAUCAACAAAAUAUUACAUACCGUAAGUUGCUUGUCCCUGGUACUUUUGUAACUUUCUGUGUGAAAGGCUAUAGCUACAAGCCUGGUGAAAACAUCUUGGGACACGUCGUGUACUUCUUAUAAAGGCUCGGGAAUGUUGUUGUAAGAGCCUAUUUCUGCUGUCCCUCUCUCCUUCAAUGUGAUUGUGUUAAAAAAAAAUGACUUUACGGCAUAACGUCUGCACUGCACCGGGGGGAGGGAGUAGGGAAAAUGCGUCAUUUUGACGAGCUAUUGCGUUAGUGUCCCAAGAGUUUGACCAGGCUUGUAGCUCCUCUCAAAUAUCUUUAUAUUUCGAUGAAAGAGAGAGAGAAUAACAGACUGUUACUAACUGAUUCGCAGACAAUGCGAGGUCGCUUGCUAGAGAGUUUGUGCAAGGGAGGGACCUCGGAUCUUCAGAGAAUCGAGCAAACUUCUAUCUUGCUUGCGGUCAUAUGGGGAAAGCCCCACCCCUUCCCCCCAAAAAGGGAAAAAGUUGCAAGCUCAAAACAAAUAAAACCUUAAAUAAACAAAAUAAAUAAGGUAAAUAGCCAGUAGACCUACGGAAAAUAAUGUACAGCUGUAGGCGUUUCAUUACGAAUUGGUACAAAACGAUAGUUUGCUACAUAGGCGGGCGUUCAUAUUUGCAAAAAUUUGAUCGUUUGAGACUCGAAACGCUUUCCAUGCUGCAGCAUUGCUAGAAAUCAAUUGCAGUUUUUGUGAAUUUCUUUCCUAAUGAGCAAAUCUCUUUGUCAGCUGAGGGGGAAGGUCCGAAAGAUGUUGAAAAGGAAACCCAGCAGUUAGAAAGGGCCUUCAAACCGAUGCCAUUUUUAUCAAAAUUUUGGGAAAUGCAGGUACGUGUGUACAGUACAGAAAUUUUAUCAUCAGCAAGGGUCUUCCGUGCGACAGGAAGGGCGAUUCCUUCUCUACCUUAUAAAGUAAUCGUCUUUGUUUUUCUACAAUUAUUCGUUUCCCUUAAAUUGGUAUUACAGGGCUUUUUCCGUCCAGGUACCAACAAAAAUAAUCUCAGUUAUGUUUUAAAUGUUGAUUUCGCCAUUUAUUCCACUCGUUAACAGUUGACACCUGAGAAGAUUUUAUUGUACUCAGUGAGACCUUGUAAAAGGUGUUUGUCUUCAGUGUUCCUCCCUAGGAUUUUGGGAAGGCUGGGGAUAUUCUGACCGUGAUUUUCGACAGUGUUUGUGUGGAGCUUGACUUAUAAUAGAGUCAGCGACAUAUAAUCAGUUCAAGGCUCUUUAACGAGCUUUAUUUUUGUUCCGUUCAUCUUGGGUUGACUUGACAUUCCUUAAAAAGCGAGCACGGGAUUUUCGUUAAUUACUACAUGUAUGGUCUUUGAUGGGCUCUUGUGUUUCUGGGAAAUGACAGACAGUAAAUCACUUUUAUAAUCAAUUAAUUGCGAGGGAAUACACAAAUAGAAACACCAGACAGUGUUUCAUUAACAUUCUCAAGUGAUUUUUUUCUUUGAAACACGUGGUUCUAGAUGUCAUCGUAAGCUUCCGUAGGGUUAAAUCUUUGGUUUUUAAGCCAGGCGUCACCGAUUUUCCCUGAACUAAGCUAGGCGGCCCGCCUAGCCUAAAAUGCCCAGGGAGAACACUGGUUACCUUAUUGAUUUUGCCUUGAAAGGUUAAGAAGGGAGCACAAGGGGGCAUGUUACUGGGAACCUGUAGCACUUGGUAACCGACCAAAGCACGUGCAGUACACAGUACGUUUUCCAGAGACAUGAAACAGGCGCAGGGAACAAAUCACAAUGUCCACGCAAAAAAUAUUGCGGGUCGUGUUUUUUCUUGUUGUUAUGUUCCUGGUUAGUACACUAAAAUAAAGAAUUCUGGUAGUUGUGUCUGAUUGACAAAACUAUCGAUCCAGUUACACAUGAUCAUAUUUGAGACCCGUACUCUAAAAAAUAACGGGAUGCGGGCCUUCGCGCCCCUUCCCUUCCCUAAACGCGCCAUUGCAAUCUGUUUGAUGCAUGACACUGGUCAUCAUUAGUCCCCUAAGUGAGAAUUUCUUUCUCUCCUUUUCUUUUCAUUUAUUUUUUUUUUCAAUCAUACUGUUAUAAGUUUCAUCUUUCACCACGUAUAACACUUUUUACGAUAUGAUAGCCUGGCUGGAUAACUAACUUUAUUUCUUUAACAACAUCUUAAUCAUAACAGCUUCUAAACAGAGUUUAUCAAUUACUUCAAGCUCCACUGCUUUGUUGCCGUUCGUAUUGUCAUGUUAGAUUAUUGAUUAAUUAUUCCCUCCAUUUUCUAAAUACCUUUUUAGCUGAAAAUGAUAGAGCCUAAAAAGGAACUUUCUAACGAGCAUACGUUUGGUUCUCGUCCUUCGUGGUGGCCUCUGAUGAGAAGAGGAGUUGCUUAUUGGAUUGCUAAAGACAACAAUGUAAGGUUUAGUGUAAGCGAUUUUCUUUUAACCCUUUCACUGCCAGAGUACUUGAUGGAGUUUUUUAACGUGACUCUAACUUUUGAGUCUGCGGACGAAAUCCUAUGAUGUGACCAUUCAAAUGAAACCUCUCUGCCUGUACUUACACAUGGUGCUGUUUAUUUUUCAAAAUUUCACAAAAUGAAAUUUGGAAAUUUGGUCGAAAUUUGAUUUUGGCUAAAUUUGGCAGUGAAAGGGUUAAGGCUAGAAGCAUGGAGAUACGCUAGCCUUAGUCAUAUCCUCCCAUCUACGACUUAAUAGGGAGCUUAAGCAACGACGACGGCGACGUCAACGAAAACAUCAAAAAAGCAUUAGGCUUAGAUUGGCAAUAUAACUUUGCACGUGCAUCACGCUUUUUUGUACAUGUCUUUGCUGUCACUGCACGACUUCGACGUGAAAGUGCCUUAUUUCACGUUUUGUGGAGGACGUGAGCACAAGACGACUUUGUUUUUCUUGUUCUGCACUUCGAUAUGGUAUUUUACAAUUCAACUCCAGACAAAAUGUCCCACAUUUGAUGAAUUGAACGAGAUGGAAUAAGCGCAAUAAAGUUUGAAGCAGCGCGACUUCACUUUUUCGUACCCGUCGCCGUCGUUGUUGUUUAAGCUCCCUAGUGUAUCAAACACGAGAAGAAGUGUUUCAUUAGAUAUCCAAACACCGAGUUAAAUAUGUCAAACACGAGAAGGAGUGUUUUAUCUGAUAUCCAAACAUCGAGAAGUAAUACAUCAAACACGAGGUGUGUCAAUCUGAUUUCCAAGCACUGCAAAGUAAUUGAUCAAACACGAGUAAAGUGUUUAAUGUGAUAUCCAAACAACGAGAAGUGAUAUAUCACUGAAACACGAAGAGUGUUUUAUCUGAUAUCCGAGCACUGAGAAAUAAUGUAUCAAACGUGAGAAGUGUUUCAUUAGAUAUCCAAAUAACGAGAAGCAAUAUAUCAAACGCGAGGAGUGUUUCAUCUGAUAUCCAAACGUCGAGAAGUAAUAUAUCAAACGCGAGGAGUGUUUUAUCUGAUAUCCAAACGUCGAGAAGUAAUAUAUCAAACGCGAGGAGUGUUUUAUCUGAUAUCCAGACGUCGAGAAGUAAUGUAUCAAACACAAGGAGUGUUUUAUCUGAUAUCCAAACACUGAGAAGUAAUAUAUCAAACAGGAGGAGUGUUUUAUUUGGUAUCCAAACACUGAGACAAAUAUAUCAAUCCCGAGAAGGAGUGUAUCAUCUGAUAUCCAAACAUCGAGAAGUAAUAUAUCAAACACGAGAGAGAGUGUUUCGCUAGAUAUCUAAACACUGAGAAGUAAUAUAUCAAACGCGAGAAGAAGUGUUUCAUUUGAUAUCCAAAUACUGAGAAAAAUACGUCAAACACGAGAAGAUGUGUUUCAUCUGAUAUCCAAACGCCGUGAAGAGGAUCAAAAACUUAGAGGAAGGCCAGUGCCUUUUUUUUUAGUGAAUAUAAAAGUGCGUUUCUCAUUGUAAUGUUUAUUUGUCUGUUUUUAGGCUCAAAUAUUCUGUAUUGGUAAUCCAUUUGUUUGGUGGGCAACCACGCUGUCUAUUCCUAUCUACUUUGGCCUUUUAGCUUUCUAUUUAUUACGGAGAAGAAGGAAAGUUCAUGAUAUAUCGGAAGGUAUGUUUAUAGAGAGGUCUUUUAUCUAGGCUGUUAUUUGAAAUACCUCUGAAUUCAUUCUCGCAAUCUCAGGGUUCGCACAGUCUUGGAAAGUCCUUGAAUUUUAGGGGAAAUCCUUGAAAAGUCCUUGAAUGUUCUUCAACUUUGAAUGUAGUGAUCUAGAAAGUGUUUUUUUUUAGUACUUUUUGGUUGUCCACGACAGAAUGUAAAUCAUAGCUCAGAGAAGUUAAAGGUGAUUUACAUAAAGCGUUUUUUUUGUUUUAUGCAAUAAUUAACUACAAAAAUGAAGACAAUUGAACAGAAAUAUAGAGAAGUUGGUGGAGCAAAUAGUUUAAUCCUUCCUGAUAGAAUGGGGUCCUUGAAAAGUCCCUAAAAAGGUGCGCAUUUUUUGUGUGAACCCUGAAUCUUCUUUCUCUUUGUUUUGCCAGAUUCAUGGCGGCAGUUUGUGUUCGUCGGCGAAGCAGUGGUUUUAGGAUAUUUUCUUCACUUCGUUACCUUUUUUCCUAUGGACAGAACGCUUUUCAUACAUCAUUAUCUUCCCGCUUUGAUAUUUAAAGUCAUUCUUUUACCAGUGAUGUUGCAGCAUGUUCAUCGUGAAGUCUUCAAGUAAGUUUCGCUGGCUUCCCACGCCGUCGCAAAAUUCCCUUUCGUAAACGGUCGCUGCCAUUUGUAAGACACUUAGAAAAUUUUUCACCUGUUAUUGAGAGAGUUUCUAUUUAAAAGAAAUAAGGCCGCAACCCAGAGUGGAAAUCUGGACCUGUCAUAUCCUAAUCUCUCUCCCUUACCACUACACUACCACACCGACCCGACAAGAUUCCGAAAAAGCUAAGUACAUAAACUAGCAAACUGUCUUUCUUAACUGAUACAUCAGUAACAGGUGAUACUUACCCUUUCUGUAAUGUUUAACGUGAAUUCAACUUGGGCUUUAACGUCCUUCUUUCUAAAACUAUUCAAAACGUAUUUUUUUGCCUUAUUGUAACUUCAUCCAGGGAAUGUAAUAUGUGUAUCAUGACCAAAGACCUGGUUUCAAAUGGUGGCAUCGAUCGUUAAAGAUGGCAACGACCGUUUACGAAAAGGAAAUAGGCUACACCUUCUGCCAACCACAGCCGUGAACUACUCUCAUGCCGUUCUUGCCUAGUCUGUGUACGGCAUUUUCCCAGGCCUUCUCGGUCAAUCUACAAAUCUGAACUUCCAGCUGAUAAAUAAACUAUCGCGGAUCAGUCCACACGAAGUUUUACAGUCGUGAUCGAUUAAUACAGUCUAUCAUUUAUUAGUGAAGGUGGAGGGCAGGGGGCUUAAAAGAGCCCGGGGGGGUGGUAUUAACAUUCUUUCCCUGAAAGAGAGAGGCUGCUUAAUAGAGGAUUUACGGUAUUCAGGGUAGUUAAGCAGCUGCUAACUAGUUAUAUUAUGCUUCACUGACACUACCUCGGUUUUGAUUGGCUACUCACCUUCAACUCAUUAAUGCUGGCGCUGUUUUCUUCACGUCAUACCUACAGACAAUAGUGAUGGAAGUGACGUCAUUUGGUAGUCAAUAGCUUUACUCGCGCGAAAACUACGUUUCUUUUUCUUAAGGUUUACAGGAAUGUUUGUACAAAGGUACAUCAAAACGGGUCUGGAUUCAUUCAAAAGUUAAAUUUGAUCUUUAAAACAUAUACUUCAGGGUGGGCUCUUGUAAAAUUAUGCAGAAAGAGUUUCUGUACCUUUCGGUUGCAAGCUGCAACCAGUUGCAAAGUACUUGAGACACUGUACCGUAUUUUGGCUUAAAUGGCUUGUCCAUGAUCUUGUGCUUGUGACCCCCCCUCCACCCCUUUUCAAAGUUGCUAGCAAUACAAGACCAUGCUCAAAACUUGGAGGAACAACUUUGAAUGGGGGAGGGGGAAGGUCAGUAUUUUAUCUCACAGACCUGUAACUAGCAGCGAUUUGAAGCAAGACAGGUUGUUUUUUUGUGAGAGUGUCUCAACAUUUUUGCAACUGGUUGUAGCUCAAGCUUGCGAUUAAAGUUACUUAAAGUUACGUUGAUGUAGCGUGUUUGACGCGCCCUUGUUUUUGCAAACGCUUACGUUUUCGCAAAGUAAAACAAUUGCUGAAAUCGGUUUUGGCACUAUAGCGAGAAUUAUCGAGGCCUUAGUUUGUGUUGUCCGCCUCAGCCUUUGGCCCAAGCAGAUGACAUUAACCUCAGCCAUGACAAUUCUAGUUACCAUGCUUAAGCUCAUCCAGUAAUUGUUAAUUUUCUCUCAGAUUUAAAGCACUUCAAUGGAUGAUGUACGCAGGAUGUAUUUUGUUGGUUAUUAUUGUACUGUGGGGAUUUCAUCUAUUCAGCCCUUUUACGUACGGCCACGUGGCUCUUCCCUCGGCGGAAAUCAACCAACGGAAGUGGAUUAAAACGUGGGACAUGCUCUCUCACCCGAACACGUGACACAGCUCACAAUUUCACUCGUACCGGUCUCGCGUGGAAACACAUCAAAGAGUCUUAAGAUGAAGAACAUGGAGGACCUGCCCCCAUUGAGAAAAAUGGGAAAUACUGUCCUGUGUUUUGAGAACAUUCUCUCUUUCCCAGAUUCAGACCAUUUCUUUAAUGUUGAUCCAAUAUCCGGAUCUGAGGUGAAUUCUUUGUGAAACAUCUAAUGCACUCUCUUCCACAGUAUCUUUAUAAUUCUUGUAUGGAUUUUUUUGUCCAAGUUUUGCAAAAUUUUGCGUACAGCUUUAGUACACUUAGGGUUCUGAAAGGGUCAAAGAGACGAAUGAAGCCUAGGAUUAGUCAUCUUUGUUGGAGUAACACUAUCCCAGAUCAUGAAAAGCCGAGCGUUGUGGCUUCUAUGGAAUAGCAACAACACCGCCAGUCAGACGGUAGGGAUUGAGUACUUACUUAGAAGGGGUUAGUUUCGUUGCCAAUUGUCCAACCUUUUCCUUUGAAAUGUUUGUGUGUAGUUUAAGCCCGCUCUCUAUCGAGCUUUUAUCUUGGUGUACUGUUUGUGGGUAGUUUCUAGUGUGAUGGUCCUCUUGGUAGCUUCCUACCUAUAUCCAGGCGCCGGUAGUUCAAAUGUUGGAUAGUAUCUGGUGACUAGGAGUUAGGAAAAUAGAUAGUGUUUUAUCCACUAGAUAUCACUGUCAACCUUUUGAACGAAGGUUGACAUACUGCUGCCGAGCGCGAAAAGAGGGAAUGACUUUUUAAAACGCAUUCCAAUAAGAAAUAUCAGGAUGAAAUAUUCUUUAAAGAUCACAUUAGUCAGAUUAUGAUAUAUGUACCCUUUUGUUUGUGAAGAAUACAUAUUUAAGAAAAUCUGCCCUACAAUGAUGUGUAUUUUAGCGUUAUUUUUUAAACAUUAAUUUUAUGUAUAUAUAUUUAAUAAAUGGAAAGGACUUUUUGGGCUCCCUGUUGGUCUUGUCCAUGCUUUU